UGCUGCUCUGCCUGAAAAGGCUGCGAGGAAGCCGAGGCGGAGGCAAAGAAAGGGAAGAGCUGCGAACCCCGCACCAGCGUCCGCACCGCUUCAGUCGAGACCCCACGCGUCGGAGGAGGAAGGCGGCGGCGGCGGCGGCGGCGAUAGAGGAGUCGUUCGCGGCGCCGCAUCCGGAAAACGCCUCUGGCGUGAAGCUGACCGGCAGCCGCCUGAGAGCGCGAACUGGCAGCGUGUUGGAGGGGGUGGUGGUGGGGGAAGCAGCCGGGCGCCGCGGGCUGGGAAAUCACCGCCACCCUUCGCCGGGAGCGCCGUUCGUUGCGCUCUCGCUCUCCGCCUGCCAGGCUCUGGCGAGGACUGAGGAGGGGGGGGGGUGCGAUGCCAAGGCGGCCCGUUUUUUUUAAUUUAAUUUUUUUUUUAUUCCGGCGGGUUUGCGGAGAACCUCUCCGGUGAUGCGGCGGUGAAGGCAACGCCGCUCUGAAGAACGGGGCUCUCUCGCGUGCUCUGGGGGUGCACGGUUCUUUUCCUACUCCGGGUGUCGCCGGCUGUGAGCGCCUCAGCAGGGCUGCCGGGCGCUUCUUCUUUUUUUUCUGCUGAACGUCAGGAGUUCCCUCCAGCUCGGGCGAUUUUUUGGGGAAGUGGGUUUAUUGCGGAGCCGAGCGGGUGGAAGCCCCGGAACGGAUCUGAAACCUCGGCAGAGGAAAUUCUGGGACCGAAUCCGCGGCGUCUCGGAGACUUGCGAAAGAAAACCCCGCUUUCCCUGACCCAGCGCGGUUUUGGGAGGAAUCGCUCUUUUUCCCAUCAAGGGUUUCUCCAUCCUCCCCCUAAAAUGGAUACAGUUCCUCUGCUCUGGGGAUUUCUCCUCCUACGUUUGGCCGGAUCGGGAGUUUUGGGGCAAGCAGCAGCUCAGCCAUGCGGGGGCCGCUUGAAUUCCAAAGAUGCUGGCUACAUCACUUCACCCGGCUAUCCACAAGACUACCCGUCCCAUCAGAACUGUGAGUGGAUCAUUUAUGCCCCAGAACCCAACCAGAAGAUCACCCUCAACUUCAACCCUCACUUUGAAAUUGAGAAACAUGAUUGCAAGUAUGAUUUUAUUGAAAUACGGGACGGGGAUAAUGAAAAUGCAGAUCUUCUGGGAAAACACUGUGGAAACAUUGCUCCACCUACUAUCACAUCAUCUGGCCCUUCUGUGUAUAUCAAAUUUACCUCAGACUAUGCCCGUCAAGGUGCUGGCUUCUCUCUGCGUUAUGAGAUCUACAAGACUGGCUCUGAAGAUUGUUCUAGAAACUUCACCAGUUCAAACGGCACCAUUGAAUCCCCAGGCUUCCCUGACAAGUAUCCACACAAUUUGGACUGUGCCUUCACAAUCAUGGCCAAGCCGAAAAUGGAGAUUGUCCUUCAGUUUUUAACAUUUGACCUAGAGCAUGACCCUCUGCAAGUCGGGGAGGGAGAUUGUAAAUAUGAUUGGCUGGACAUCUGGGAUGGUAUUCCACAAGUUGGGCCCUUGAUUGGCAGGUACUGUGGCACUAAAACUCUUUCAGAGAUCCACUCAACUACUGGCAUCUUAUCCCUCACAUUCCACACAGAUUUGGCUGUGGCUAAAGAUGGCUUUUCUGCUCGCUAUUAUUUGGUCCAGCAGGAGGCGCCAGAGAACUUCCAGUGCAACAGUCCACUGGGAAUGGAAUCUGGUCGGAUCUCCAAUGAGCAAAUCACAGCUUCCUCUACAUACUCUGAUGGCAGGUGGACUCCGCAACAGAGCAGACUCAACAGUGAUGAUAAUGGGUGGACUCCUAAUGUGGAUAGCAACAAAGAGUUCCUCCAGGUGGAUCUUCGCUUUCUGACAGUGCUCACAGCCAUUGCUACUCAGGGCGCCAUUUCCAGAGAAACACAAAAUGGAUAUUAUGUUCGCUCAUACAAACUGGAGGUCAGCACAAAUGGAGAAGAUUGGAUGAUGUACCGGCAUGGCAAAAAUCACAAAGUAUUUCAGGCAAACACUGAUGCUUCUGAAGUCGUUCUGAACAAAAUCCAUGCUCCAGUGCUGACUCGGUUUGUGCGGAUCCGUCCCCAGGUGUGGCAUAGUGGAAUCGCCCUUCGACUGGAGCUAUAUGGCUGCCGAAUUACAGAUUCACCCUGUUCCAGUAUGUUGGGGAUGCUUUCAGGACUUAUCCCAGACUCUCAGAUCUCAGCUUCUUCUACCAGAGAAUAUCACUGGGUUCCUAGUGUGGCACGCCUAGUCAGCAGCCGCUCAGGAUGGUUCCCACGCAUCCCUCAAGCCCAGCCUAGUGAGGAGUGGUUGCAGGUAGAUCUGGGCCUCCCAAAGAAUGUGAAAGGAGUGAUUAUCCAAGGAGCCCGAGGUGGGGACAGCAUCAAUGUGGCGGAGGCCCGAGCUUUUGUGAAGAAGUUUAAAGUGGCCUACAGCAUGGAUGGGAAAGACUGGCAUUCAAUACAAGAUCCCCGGACCAUGCAGCCAAAGAUAUUUGAAGGAAAUAUGCAUUAUGACACCCCCGAAGUUAGAAGAUUUGAUCCUGUUCCUGCACAGUUCAUCAGAGUUUACCCAGAAAGAUGGUCUCCAGCAGGGAUCGGGAUGCGAUUAGAAGUCCUUGGGUGUGACUGGACUGAUGUGAAGUCCACUGCGGAGACACUGAAGCCCACGUUGAAGAGUGAGGAGCUGACCACUCAGUUUUCCACUGAUGAAGAAGCAACAGAUUGUGGUGAUGGUUGUGUGGAGAAUGGAGAUUUCCAGGUCCCAUCAGGAUUCAAUUGCAAUUUUGAUCUUCCUGAAGAUUUCUGUGGUUGGACACAUGACACGUCUACAGGAUUUACAUGGGCUUUUCAUUCUAGAAAUACCUGGACUAGCCAUUUGGAACCAGGCAUCGGGGUUUAUCCAGCAGAUGGCAAGAGUUAUUUGAGGUUGCAAAGCAGUGCAAGAAGAGAAGGACAACAUGCUCGGCUGAUCAGUCCCACUGUCUUCUUGCCCAGGAGUGCUGUGUGCCUGAUGUUUUGGUACCAGCUCUCUGGAGGGAGCGGGACUAUGCUGCAGGUGCGGCGGGAGGCAACGCAUGAAAACAAACCACUCUGGAUCAUCAGGGAAGACCAAGGGGAGGAGUGGAGAGAAGGCCGGAUUCUUCUGCCUAGUUACGAUACAGAAUAUCAGAUUGUAUUUGAAGGUACCAUAAACAAUGGGCAUUCAGGAGACAUUGCCAUUGAUGACGUCCGAAUAGGCACUGAUACUUCUUUGGAGAACUGCAUGGAACCCAUUGCAGCUUUCCCUGGAGAACACACAUUUGAAAUUUCAGUGGAUUUCCCAGCAUUAGAGGAUGAGGUUUCAAUUCAUGGGGAAGACUUUGGAGAAGACUCUGAAGAUGAUGCCAUUAACCUGGACAGAAACCACACCACGCUUUCUACAAAUUCCCCACUGACUCCACUGGUGGACACAGAGAAGAGCUGGCUAUAUACCCUGGACCCCAUCCUGGUUACCAUCAUAGCCAUGAGUUCUCUAGGAGUCCUUCUAGGGGCAAUUUGUGCUGGGCUACUACUGUACUGCACCUGUUACUACACUAGCCUCUCUUCCCGGAGCUCUACCACUCUGGAGAAUUAUAACUUUGAGCUUUAUGAUGGCAUCAAACACAAGGUCAAAAUGAACCACCAAAAGUGUUGCUCUGAGGCAUGACUGAUUGCACUGAAAUCACAUUUGACAUUUCAUUCCAGCAGUAGUGGCUGGGGAAGAUUACUUUUUCUAUGGGAACUGAAUGCCAUAAUUUUACACAAGCCCAUGCUGGAAUGCUGAAGGGGUGGGGGGUUGCUGUUAUUUAGAAGGAAAAAAAGAAGAAAGCAGCAGCAGGAAGAAAGUUGGAAGAGGAUUACCAGUUGUAGGAAAUGUGGGUAAUUGCUCUUGCGGGAAGAACUGGGUAGGCUCAAACAAAGCAGCCGCCAUGCUCUCCGUUUUAUUUCUUCUAUGAGCCAAUCGCAUCUGUAGAAGGCAAAAGAUCCACCUGGGUUUGAGGAAUCGAGGGACAAAAUGUGUACAAUUAUUUGCCACUUCCUUCUUCGGAUGAGAUUGCUAAGUGCCCCCCCUUCCCCUUUCUAGUUUUAAGAAUUAUAAUCUCACCUUGCUCGCACACACAGGUACCUGCGUGCCCCAGCCAGUAGAUCACCUAUCAGAAAUGGUGCUUGAUUGAAAGGGACUGUCUCAGUGCUGUGGGUGAUGAAACAAGUUCAGGAAGCUGCAGCCGCUUCCAACACUCCCAUCUCCCCCACCCCACCAAUGAACCAAUCGGAAAAGGAGUGGCAGGGAUUGGGGUUGGGGGGGGGGAUCAGCAGGAAAAGCAGCACUUUUCUUCCUGGAUUACCAAGCAAAAGAAACAGGCAGCCUGAGGUGUAAAAGUUGACAGAAGCACCUCCUCCAGAGAAGCUGAAGAGCCUUAAAGUGAUUUGUGAAAAAGAGCCAUUUAUUAAAUCCAGAUCUUGGACUGAAACAGCAGAGGCCUUCAUCACAAGGGCUCUUUCUUCUCCUUUUCUUUCUGCCCCUCUUUUUUUAAUCUUGUUUUUUUUUUUAGUGUAAAAACAUUGCCGUAAAUAAAAGACACAAUUAUAAGGUGCCCAAGAACUCAGGAGAUGGCUUUUUAUAUAUUUCAAGAGGAAGACAGGCUGCUAGGUAGAUAGAUAGAUAAAUAUAUUUUGUUAAUGCUGUGUCCACUCUGAUGGGGAAAAAAGAAGUAUUAAAAGGCUCGUGGAAUAAAUGCAGUUAUUCAGCCCAUCACACAGAGUGGUGAUGAUACCUCUAACUGGCAGAUAUGAUUUAAUGUCAUCAUUAGCCAAUAAGAAGGACUUAAUUUCUCUGCAGAGGAUUCUAAACUCAUGUACCCUUUGAGCAGAUUCAUCAUUGUGGUGCUGUCUGACAAAGGCGUCGAUCCUUCACAGAUUCAGGUCCUUUCGGGAGGACCCAGCCAUUGGAAAUCUAAGGUUAUGGCAACAUUGCAGGGUAUCAAGGUUAAGUGAUAUUCUAGUAUGGAUGUCGCAUAAAUGGAUCUGGAGCAAUCUUCUAUCACCUUCUUCCUUCAGAAAAAUGCAACUUGCUUGUUGUGGUUUGCAUAGCAACUUGUUUAUUUUUGAAGGGCUUCAUGUGAAUAUGUAUUUGACUUUUUUUAAUAAAGUGCCUUAGAAAAAUAUUUUUCCCUUAGAGAUGUGUGAUGUAACGAAUUACAACUGAGGCAUUCAACAUUUCUCCUUAUCACUCUUCCUCCUUCACUUCUUCAUUGCUAUCAGAUCUCUACCGGGUAGAGUUUUGUCCUUUCAGAUAGUCAAAUAUAUAUAACUAAUGUUUUCAUGUGUGCUGUGCCAUGCUUGAAGUGUCUUGCAGACCAGUUUACAGUACCAACUUUCAAUUUCCAAUGCCUUUUGUUCAGCUCUUGGCAGCAAUCUUCAAGCCACAGGGUGUUUUGUUUUGUGUUUGUUUUUUUUUAAAGAAAUCAUAGUGACUGAGGUGUGGAACGUUUUCCAAAUUAACAGAUUGAAUAAGCAGGUUUUUUUUUUAAAAAAAUGUGGUAAUUUGAGGAAUGACACCUCAUAGCUUAGUAUGAUAUUUUGAUAUUCAAUGAUAAUGCUAUGAUGCUGAUAUAGCUUCAUCUUUGUGAUGUUGUGCUGGCUAAGCUCUUUUCUAGGAAUGUACCUAAUUGUCAGUAAUUGUUAAAGACAUUUCACCUGUUACACUUCACAGGAAUGCAUUUCUAAACUGCUACUUGUGAAUGUAAUGGUGUAUCUUUGGGUACACAUGUGUCAUAUAUGAACACAUGUAUAGAAACGAGGGUUUGCAGCAGCUAUCCUACAUAUAUAGGAUCUAUUGUCAUGCAGACUAUGAAAUGCUCCUCUGAACAGUUUUAUAUGCAUGCUUACCAAGCUGAAUGUCUAGAACGUUUGGUGUAUGUGGUAAUAACCACCUGUGUGCAAGGAUAUGAACAAGGCACUUACUUUCACUUUAACACACUGAAGUCACAAUUCUGUGCAGGUCUAGGUGUGCUUAGUGCAGCUGAUUUUGGUGCAUUUCAUUCUGUGAUAGAUUAAAGCAUUGUUAAAGCAUCGAUUUUCACACUAUUUUCUCCGUUCCGCGGAAGACCAGCAGGAGCGACUCAUUGAAAGAAAUAAUGUUACUAGUAGUCCUUGGCUUAUGAUCACAAUUGGGACCAGAAUUUCCAGUGCUAAGCAAAGUGAGUCACAUCAGAUUUUGGGACUUUUUAUGCCACAGUUGUUAAGCAAAUCCGGCUUCUCUCAUUUGCUUAUCAAAAGCUGGCUAGGAAGGUCGCAAAAGGCAACCCCAAGACUCUUCAGCCAUUGCUGAAGUACAUGCCAGAUGCCAAGCCCUUGGAUUUUGAUCACAUAACUGUGGAGAUGCUGCAACGGUCGUUUUUUUUCAGUGCCACUGUAACUUUGAACAGUUAAUAAGUAAAUGGUUGUAAAUUGAGAACUACCUGUAAAUAUAUGUCCAUGAAAAAUGGCAUGGGCAAGAUGCCAUCCAUCAUUCCUAAAACGAAUAACCACAUCGAGAGUUUUGGAACAUCCAUUGUCCACACAGAGCAAACAGCUGGCUAGCCAGUGGCUCAUGUCCUGGAGAAUACUUUGGAAUAUGCUCACAAUUCUGUAUAAGAGUUUAGUUUGACGCCUGGGUUUCCAUAGCAUAAGUCAGCAUAGAGAAAAUACCCUGGUAGCAGGACAUUUCAAAAGCACUGCCUUAAAAGCAACCUUGCUCUAACAGAAUAAUGACUGUAUCUAUCCAGGUAUACCAUAUACAAAUACACUUCAGCUCACCCUAAACCGAAGUACCCUUUAGAGCGGGAUCAUCCAAUUUUACAGGGGCUCCUUUGGCAGAACUGAUUAUUGUGACCAAUGUUGAAGAAAGGUCAAGAUAAGCCAGCUAAGGCUUAUCACUGGAGCACUCCAUGGUUUUCAGUGGAAGAAUAAAGCAUAGUUGGAUGGGGUCCCAUCCAUAUUUCUCUUGUAUGGUGGAUGAAGGAAGACCUCAGAGAUGAUAUAGAUAUAUUAAAAGGUAGUGUUGCUGUCUGUAGUAGACAUACAGAGAGUGAGAGUUCGUGUAUACAUAUAUUACAAUGUAUAUGUGUUUGCGCGUGCUUGUGAGUUCUCUGUAUGUAUUAUAUAUGUGAGUGGCUAUGUGGGGUUUCUUGUAUCUUUAAUGGAGGCAGAGGAUGCUGCUGCCCUCAGCAUAGGUUCAACUGGGAGGGCAGAGCAAAUGGCAUGCAAUUGAAGAGUCCCACACACUUUGUAUUCCAUGCUGGCAGGUACAGGGGCUUUGUCGUGUGUGCACUCAGUGAGCAAGAAUCCGGCCAUAAUGCUGCAUAGCUGAUACCUCACCUACCUCCGUGCUGGGUGCUUUACUGUCCUAAUGCAGAAAAUGGUGUUUGAUUGUAUUUUUCAUAGGGUGAAAGAAAAAGAAAAGAAAAGAAAUGGUGCAUAUUUUCAUGUCAGUAUGUUGUCAUCUGCAAAUGUAUGUUGUGCUUGAUGAUCCAUGUUCUUUAGUAACCUCCCUCUUUUCCAAACGGACAAAGAAAUGCAGCCUAAGGUUACCAAUGCCUUUGCUGAAAUAUUGCUUGGCCUCUCUCUCCCUCCCUCCCUCCCUCCCCGCCUGCCUUCCUGCCUCCCAUGGUCAGCUUCACCAUGGCCAGUAGGAGAGCUGCAGUAUAGUUGGUUUUUGCUUUCUAGGGAGAUAUUUAGGGAGUAAGGGGGGGCAAAUGCAGGAAACGGGAUUUUGCAUAUCUUACCAGCUCAAGGUAGUUUGACCAUUUUACUGGCUGUGCCAGAUCAUGUGGACUUUAAAGCUUUUACUGUGAUUCUUCAGUGUUUAAAGAAAAUCCCAAACUGUUGUUUCUAUGAUUUGUAUAAAAGCCUUUUAAAAGUACUAUUUAAUAAACAUUAUAGUAGAUA